AAGCAAGCCAAGGCGCUAUAAUUUAGGAAUCCAUCCCGCCUGCCAGCUUCAAAGCCUCUUUCUUUCAAAGAUCCAUCGCGGUCGUCACGUCGCAUGCUUGACUCGCCUCUCAUCUCGCGACUUCCCAACUGCGCGUCAGCACCGAACAUUCGAUAACAUCGAUAUCCGUUAGGUGCAGAGCCCUAGGAAAACUACCGACAAUGUCGACGCUCGCAGACGAACUCCUUCAGGACUUUGAGGAUUCUGGGUCAGAAGCUGGAGGCGACGAGCACGAUGAUGGCCUCUUUAAUGAGGCUGGCUUCUCAGGCGGCGCGCCGGCGAAUGGGGGAGAUACCGCCAUGGAGGAAGUGCGCGACGAGGACGCAGACGAAGACCAGGAUGCCGACAUGAUGGACGAGGCCGACGGCACCGCUACGCCGGCAGCUGACGGCGAUGACGAGAAGGCAAACAUAGAGAAGAUGCAACUGGGGGCCGUACGCGAUGUGCGCGCCGUGGCAGGCCUUAUGAAGACCCUGACGCCCGUUCUCGAGAAAAUCGCACACUACCAGUCACAACCCGCCGAGGCGAUCGAUAACGUGGGCAGUGUGGAGGACCAUCCCGAGUACCACCUCCUAACCCAGUCAAACAGUCUCUCGACCCAAAUCGACAACGAGAUUGUCCUCGUACACAAGUUCAUCAGAGACCACUACUCGGUGCGGUUCCCGGAGCUCGAGACUUUGAUCACCAAUCCUCUCGAAUAUGCAAAGGCCGUGGCGAUUCUAGGAAACGGACCGAUGGAUUCAGAGAGCAUCAAGUCUCUCCAAACAUCAACAAAUAACCCCCUGGGCCUAACGCUCAAGUCAGUGCUCGAUGGGCCGUCCUUGAUGAUUGUCACGGUUGAGGCUACCACGUCCAAGGGUCAGGCUAUGUCAGCAGAACAGCUCCAGCGGGUGGUGCAGGCAUGCGAGAUGGUCAUCGCGCUCGACAGGGCCAAGAAGACCCUGACCGAAUACGUGCAGUCGCGCAUGAACAUCUUUGCGCCAAACCUGACGGCGCUUAUCGGGUCCCUGACGGCAGCACAGCUGCUCAACCAAGCCGGCGGCCUAACGGGCCUCUCUAAGGCGCCGGCAUGCAACCUACCUGCAUGGGGCUCCAAGAAGCAGGCCAGCGCGGCGCUGGCCACCAACGUCGGCAUCCGGCAUCAGGGAUUCAUCUUCCAAUCGCCCGUGAUCCGGACGAUCCCGAGCGACAUCAAGAAGCAAGCCAUCAAGAUGUUCGCCAACAAGAUCGUCAUGUGCGCCCGUACCGACUGCUUCCACCAAUUCCGCGACGGUUCCGAAGGUGAACGCCUCAAGGACGAAUGUCUCGACCGUUUAGAUAAGCUCCAACAAAAACCCCUGAGCAAGGGUGCCCGCGCCCUGCCCGCUCCCGACGACAAGCCCAGCCGAAAGCGUGGUGGUCGCCGGGCACGCAAGGCCAAGGAGGCCACGGCCGUGACGGAGCUGGCCAAGGCCCAGAACCGGGUAGCGUUCAACAAGGAGGAGCAGGAGGUCGGCUACGGUGCGGGAGACAGCACUAGGGGGAUGGGAAUGAUCGGGCAGCGCGACGACGGGCGGCUGCGCGUGACACAGAUCGACAACCGCACUCGAGCGAAGCUCAGCGCCAAGAGCAAGGGCUGGGGCGGCGCGAGCUCGCUCACCAGCGGCAGCGCCUCGUCACUGAGGGGCCUCGCCGGGGGGAGCGGCGGCGUGAGCAACCUGAGUCUGGCCAGCAGCAAGGGCCUGCGCACGUCCGGGGUGGGGACGACGCUGGGCUCCGGCUCGGCCACGGCGGGCACCGUGUCAUCACUCGCGUUCACGGCGACUCAGGGCCUGGAGCUGGUCGACCCCAAGGUGCAGGCCGAGCUGAGCAGGAAGCGCAAGGCGGACGAGGAUCGCUGGUUCAAGAGCGGCGCGUUUACACAGGUGGGCGGCAAUAACGAUGGCUUCAAGAAACCGGAGCUGCCGCCGAGCAAGAGACUCAACACGGGCUCGACAAAGCCAUGAUUGGGCUGGUGCAGAGCUUGCGGGGGUUGCUCCGAGUCGGCAAGACAACGAUUCUCGAUCGAUGUGUAGUAUAGACGAUGGCGGGGCGUUGAUUGCGCGGCCAUGAUUAUGCGGCGUCUGGAAUGGCCACCCCAGGGGGUUUUGGUGUUGGAGGUUUGAUAUUUGCAUCGAUGGUCGAUCAGCUAGCGGAAUCAAAGACUGGACUUCGACUUCAGCUUCACGGCUUCUACUUUGUGAUGAAUCAUCGCUCUUGAGCACUCGGGUGGGAAACAACUGCCGUGGCUGACCUGUACUACAUCGCGCGACUCAUACCUUCGUGAUAUGGCAGUCGGUGGGAGAAAGAGGAGAAAGACUUGACAUCUACACAUUCUCUAAUGACGAGUAAUAUGCUCACUCUUAUGGGCGUGGAAAAUGGUGAUGAUGCCGGCACGACAUCAACAUCGACAGCUUCCUG